AUGUCUGAAUCAGAAGUUCGCCUCGAGUUUGUGCAGCAACUUGCCCGAGAUGUGGAGCCCCUGAUCAUGGAGGGCUUCGGCUGCGGGUGUCGCAGCAGCAGCAGCAGCAGCAGCAGCAGCAGCAGCAGCAGCGGCAGCAGCAGCGGCAGCAGCAGCUGCGCCAGGACAAAGAGCUCAGCAGCAGAUCUUGUUACAGAAUAUGACACGCGAGUGGAAGAGACUCUUAAAGAAAAAAUAAGAGAAAAAUUCCCCAGCCAUUCCUUUUUCUGCGAAGAAUCUGUUACUCCAAACCAGAAGCUGACGGACGAGCCCACGUGGAUUAUUGACCCUGUCAGUGCUGCUGCUGCUGCAGCUGCUGCUGCUGCUGCUCCUGUUGUUGUUGUUCCUAUUGCUGCUGCUGCUCCAGUUGCUGCUGCUGUUGCUGCUGCUGCCCUCGCUGCUGCCCCUUCUGCUGCUGCUGCUGCUGCGGCUCUUGCUGCCCUCGUUCGCGCGGCUGCCCUUCCAGCGGGAGCGUUGAGUCUCUCAAAGGAUUCUGCUGCUGCUGCUGCUGCUGCUGCUGCUGCUGCUGCUGCUGCUGCUGCAGAUUGA